AUGGCAGGAAUCACCCUCAUCAGCGCAACCCCCUCCCCCUUCGCCCGAAUGAACCGCAUCGCCAUGAUCGAAAAAAACAUCCACUUCACCAUCCGCAACGAAAUCCCCUGGCACAGCGACACGACCGAAACCCCCAAACACAAUCCCCUCGAGAAACUCCCGAUCCUCCUCUUCGAUGAUGGGAGAGAACCCGUCUACGAUAGCGCUCAUAUUCAAGAAUACAUUAUUCAAAAAUACGCAGAUAAAAAGCCUUCUCUUUUAACGGGAGAUUUGGACACAGACCUUAAAGCCCGCCAAAUCCAAACCCUCUGCGAAGGAAUUCUCGACGCGUUCGUUCUUGCGAAUUUUGAGAAGGCGAGGGAGAAGGGGAAGCAGAGUAAGCUUUGGUUGAGUAGGCAGGAGAGGAAGAUUGAUGGGGGGAUGAGGGCUUUGGAGGAGUUGGUGCAGAAGAAGAGUGGGAAGGAGGGGGGUUAUUUGUUGGGAGAUGGGAAUGUGAUGACGAUUGCGGAUAUUGCGGUUGUUUGUACGGUGGGACAUAUUGAAUUUGCUGGAGUGAGGAAGGGGUGGAAAGGGCAGUAUCCGGAGUUGGCCCAGUUUUGGGAGGGGUUGGAUCAGAGGGAGAGUUUUAGGAGUACGAGGCCGGAGAUGUUUGAUUUGAGGACGGAGGUUGUGGUUUGA